AUGGGGAAAAGAGACCAGCUAAAGCCUAAGGUAAAUGUCUCUUCUUACAUCCACUUUUUGCUGAAUUACAGAAACAAGUUCAAGGAGCAGCAGCCCAAUACCUAUCUUGGCUUUAAAGAGUUUUCCAGAAAGUGUUCGGAAAAAUGGAGAUCCAUCUCAAAGCAUGAAAAGGCCAAAUAUGAAGCCCUGGCCAAGCUCGACAAAGCCAGAUACCAAGAAGAGAUGAUGAAUUACUUCGGCCGGAGGAAGAAAAGGAGAAAGCGGGACCCCCAUGCACCCAGACGGCCUCCAUCGUCCUUCCUACUCUUCUGCCAAGACCACUACGCCCAGCUCAAGAGUGAGAAUCCAAGCUGGUCAGUGGUGCAGGUGGCCAAGGCCUCGGGGAAGAUGUGGUCUGCAAAGACGGAUGUAGACAAGCAGCCCUACGAACAAAGGGCAGCUCUCCUGAGAGCUAAGUACCGAGAGGAACUCAGUGUCUACCGUAAUCAAUUCAACCCCCCGAAGAAGCGCUUGCAAGAGUCGGCUAUGAACCAGUGCAGAGGGUUCGAGCAAGCUGAGUCAGACACAAGUGAUGGAUCCAACUAG